AUGGAAGAACAAGAAGUCGAAGAAAAUCCCCCAGUACGUCCUUACAAGUCUUUACACAGCUUUGUCGAGUCCCCUGUGCGAUUCGUCAAUAGAACGGGAAGGGAAGUACAUGUAAUCUGGAUAAACUAUGAAGGAAAGGAGGUGUUAAAAACUACUCUUCUUACAAACAAAAAACUGGAUUUGAACACUUUUAUGACCCAUCCGUGGAUAGCAGUGGAUGCAAAAACGAAUGAAAGAAUGUUGUUGAACUUUAGAAAAACAUAUCUCCCCGGUGAACCGGAAGUACGGCGGAUGGAUUUUGAGCAUCGUAAAGCUUAUGUUGUAAGAGCACAAGUACUCAUAACAUUACCCGGUAAGGAUGUUCAUAGACUGUCGUUAAGAUCCUGGCAAUUUAAAAAUAUUCCAGGAAGUAAAUUAUAGUUGUGUGUCCUCGAAGCACCCAUUAUUGACACUUCUUGUUCGAAUGCUACAAAUCAACCUGUUUCAAGAUCUAGAUGAGCAGGGACGGGGGGGAGCUUAUUUUCGUGACGCCGUACGUGAUAUCGACCAUUUUUGGUGUCCGUGAUACGUGAUGUACUGAAAAAUUGUCCAGUGAAUCGUGAUUGAAGUGAUCUCCGUGAAACGCCUGAACUGCCAAAAUCCUUGUUUGUGUAUAUGUACAUUGAAGAUCAAUUAUUGAAGAAAUUCAAUCGUUAAUUUGGCCAAAUAACCUUAACUAGCAUGACUGGUGGCUUGAUUAAGGGCCUGUUUACAUGGAGGUGGGGGACCCCAGGUAGGUGCGGUAACCCGCUUAGAUGGGGUUAAAACAUAACCCUCCUUUACAUGCACUCUUACAACCACGCCAUCCCGGGCUGCACUUUCUCAAGAUUCUUGGAUGGUUGCUAAGCACGUAAACAAGAAAAAUGCUGGAAAACCACGUGUUUUGGCAAUUAAUGCUCUUCAACAGUCAGUUGCUGCUCUUGCUGCAACCUCCAGUGCUGUGGUUUUCUAUUGUUACCUUUAAUAAUGAUGCAAAGCCACCACCAAAGUGAUUUUUGUGCGAAUUUGAUGUAUCACAAAUCCGACCCCGGUAAGGCGGGUUAACCACAUUGAAACGUUACGUGGCAACAUUUGACCCCGGCUGAGAGGGUAACCCAGUCUGGCAGACCGGGCUACCUGCCUUGGCGGGUCACCCCACCUAUCAUGUAAACGUGAUCAAAUUAAAAUGAGAGAUUAUAUGGACAGGUGGGUUACCCCACCUAAGUGGGUUACCUCACCUACCUGGGGUCCCUCACCUCCAUUUAAACAGGUCCUAAAAUUCAUUUUUGAAUUUUUUGAUGUAACUUCACACUUCAGACUCACCUACAGCUGGCUUCCCUUGGGAAUUUAUUGGUUCUUAAAACUUAAGUAAUCUAAUCGAACACUGACUGCUUUACAAAAUGGGACUAAAGUAACAUUUUUGGCAUUUUGUAUGACCUCUAUUUUUUGAGAAGCGUGAAAACAUUAAGAAUUGGUUUUGUGACUCGUGAAAUGCAAAGUUGUUGUUUGUGAACUAGUGAUGAGUUUUCAAAAUAGAAGGACAGUGCCGUGAGGUUUUUGGUUUUGCCGUGACAGUUGUGGGCCACCGUAGACCCCCCCCCUCCCCCCCCCCCCCCCCCCCCACCCCCCCUUGCCCCCCCCCCCCUCCUAGAUGCCUAGAGGAAUCUAAUUUUUAAAAUAGAAGUACAGUGCUGUACAUUAAUUUUACUUUUCAUUUACUGUUAGCUUAUAUUGUUUUAUGAUACGGAAAAAUUAAAAAUUGAAGGAAAAACCCUGAAUAAGAAAAACAUUCCUUGAUAAUGGUUACCUGGACAUAAAAUUUAUGAAAUAAUAAAACUUGGCAGUUAAAGCCUACUUAAAGUUUUUUGCUAAAAAUAUUUAUGCAUAUUGACUGAAAAGAUGAAAUUUCACCAGAGUAAAGUAAAAUCUGAUUCUAAUAAAUUUGAAUGCACUAAAGAUAAAAUUUAAAACUGAUACUGAAAUAUUGAUAAUCUCAUGGUUUCAGUUUAAGGUUAAGAAUCCCAACCAGCUGGAGGCAAACUACAAGGCUGUGCUCUAAGGAAAAUUGAAGAGAGCCCAAUGCUCUGGGCCUGUAAAAUCUAGGGUGCCCAGCACAUGAUUUGUUUAAAAAAUCUAAGAUUUUCUAGUUGCCUGAUAGGAAAAGUUAGAUGCCAGGGGCUAUUGAGCUUAGGCUGCGAAUACAGCCGUUUCUCCUAGCUCCUUGCUACUAUAAAGGGACAUUUCGCCAGGAGGAAAAUCUGCUACUCAGCGACAGAAAUUCCAUACUUCAUGCUUCUCCUGGUGGAUUAUGGUAAAGUUUUGUAAUCUUUUGUGAACGAGCUCCAACAAAACUCAGAUGCUUUUUCUAAAGAAGAAUCUAUUCUAGGAAUAUUGACUGUUUUGUAGUAGAUUCAUCACGUUUACAUUUGGCCAUUGUGGCUUUUUGUCUGUCAUUCAUAAACAAUAGGUAAAACAAUAUAAAGUUCUAAUGCAUUGACCAAUCAGAGCUCUUAACCAGAUUCGGGACAGAUUUUAUGCCAUCAGUAUGCAAUUUCAGUCACUGAGGUGCAGACAUUUUUCUUGGUAACAGUCCUUAGCAGUGAGGAGCAAGGAGAAACAGCUGUAUUUGCAAGCUACAUCGGGCUCUCACAACUCUGAUCUAGUUGUUCAUUGACAAGUGUGGUUAAGGAUUUGAGUUCAGGACUACUGGGAACAAAUCCAGCAAGCAGUCAGGGUCUUACUUGAACUUGAGACUUCUGCACACUCAGCCAGGCUGCCUCUUUUUAUGUUCGUAGGAUUUUAAACCAUUGCUUAAUACAUCAAGGGAUUCAGAUUUUCAAAUACAGUGGUAGUUCAAUCCAGGAUUUAGUUCCCCUGUAAAAACAUGAACAUUUUACCACAUCGGUUUUAGCAUCUAGUCUUAAAAACAAAUAAUAUAAUCUAGGUCAGUUUUCUAAGUGUUAUCCAUUUGGUGUUGUAGCUGUCUUUUUUAUUCAGAAGCAGUUUUUUUGUAAAACUUAUGACACCAAAGAACGACAAGUAAUGUUCAGUAUUCUUUAUUUCUUAAAUUUCUAUUUUUUUUGUUAUAGUCUGCAAGCUUGAAGAAUACUGUGUAAAGACCCUGAAGAACAUUGUUUCUCCACAAGACAUCUGUAAACUUCCUCUUCCACCACUGAUUCUUGAGAAAAUUUCUCGGACAUCAUCAUGA